AUGGCAAGGAUGGGCCACUGUCUCAUCUUCGUGCUGACUUUUGCUUGCGGUGUCACACUCGUGAGCAGCAUCGCCACCCAGUUUGACGAGCUGAUUCGGCUGACCACCUUCACUCACAGUCUGGCCAACUUCAGCAACUACGGAUGCCACUGUGGGCCAGGGACACAAGGGGUGCCCGUGGACCCAAUCGACAAGUGCUGCCAUGGCCAUGACUGCUGCUAUAACAAGGCCCAGAUGUUUGGCUGCACUCCAGACACUCACCGCUACCGGUUCUAUGCAAACGGGGACAAGAUCAAAUGCGUGAAAUCACGGGACCAGUGCGAGAAGAUGGUAUGUGAAUGUGACCAGAAGGCGGCCAGCUGCUUCCGCAAGCAACUCUUCUCCUACAACCCGAUGUUUCAGAACCACCCCACUAUGAGGUGCAGGGGACCCCGACCUUUCUGCUAG